GACAGUGACGUCAUCGCGUCAGCGCAGCGGAGGGAAUUUCCUUUCAGCGCGUGAGUUAAAGGGGCGGAAGUCAGUCAGACUCUCGCCGGAGUUUCUAGGCUCGUUUUCUCUCCCUCUCCUUCACUCGCAGUUUGACUCCGCAGCAGCUCGCAGGCUGUGAUUUGGACUUUGGGCAGUACCUGUAACAGCGACCCGCUCCAGCAUGAGUAACUACAGCGUGUCCUUGAUCGGACCUUCACCCUGGGGCUUCAGACUGCAGGGAGGCAAGGACUUCAGCAUGCCUCUCACCAUCUCCAGACUCACAGAAGGAGGAAAGGCAGCGAAGGCCAAGAUCAGCGUCGGAGACGUGGUGCUGUCUAUCGAUGGAAUCGCCACAGAAGGAAUGACUCACCUGGAAGCCCAGAAUAAAAUCAAAGCCUGUACAGGAAACCUGAACCUCUCUCUGCUGAGAUCUUCCAGUAUCAUUAAAGUGGAGACUCCGAAGGAGGAACCGCAGGAGAUCAUAAAGCCUGUGCCCAUCAGCCAAACCCCCGGGGCCUCUGCUGGCCCCGCAAGUAUUGCUUAUAAUAAGACGGCUCGGCCCUUCGGCGGGGCGACUAACACGGUCCGAUCGGUCAGUCCCAAAGCCUCCAUCCCCUCGGCCUCCUCCGCCUUCACUCCAGCCGCUCCGUCCCAGCAGCCCGGCCCCACCCUCAAGCCUGCCUCCAGCCACUCCCCCUUCACUAGCUCCUCCUCCACACCCUCCUCUGGCUCCUCCUCCCCGGCGAGAGUGACGGCUCCGCCCCCAGCCCCAGCACCGGCCCCAGCUCCGGCCCCCGGAGCCCCUCAGUCGUCAGUCUAUAACACUCCCAUCAACCUCUACUCCAAUGAGAACGCAUGUGAGGUGGCCUUGGGUCAGAGGCGUGGCCUGCUUGAGCAGCACAAUGGUGGACCUCAGAGUAUUCCUAAAAAGACUCCUCCCAGGACCGCCCGUAAGCCCGUGCUGGAGCCCGAGGGGAAUCACGUGUCUGCUCUCAGUGAUGCCAGUAAGAAGCGUGUGAUCGAGGACACGGAGGACUGGCAUCCUCGCACCGGCACGUCUCAGUCCCGCUCCUUCCGGAUCCUAGCGCAGAUCACGGGCACAGAGAACGAGCAAGCUCAGGAGAACCGGCCCGGGAAGAACGAGGCCGCGGAGGAGCUUCAGCCCAGUUCUCACGCCACGUCUUCGGUCAAAACCAUGAGCAAAGCGUCCGCUGGAGCCCCGCGGCAGGGUAACGGAGUCCCUCCAGCCCCAGCCAAGAGCAGCGCCUCAGGGUUUCCCAGAGCAGGUGCACCUGGGCCCCAGACGGGCCCCUCGAUCGGACGGGUCACCGGCAAGGGCCCGGAUCGCCCGGCGCCUCAGGCUCACCCCAACGACGAGUCUCUGGUGCAGAGAGCCGAACACAUCCCGGCGGGAACACGGACGCCCAUGUGCGGUCACUGCAACAUGGUCAUCAGGGGUCCGUUUCUGGUGGCGAUGGGCAAAUCGUGGCAUAAAGAGGAGUUCAACUGUUCUCACUGCCGCAGCUCUCUGGCAGACGUGGGCUUCGUGGAGGAACGCGGCUCUGUUUACUGCGAGCGCUGCUACGAGCAGUUCCUGGCCCCGACCUGCUUCAGAUGCCAGCAGAAGGUCCUCGGGGAAGUCAUCAACGCCCUGAAGCAGACCUGGCAUGUGUACUGCUUCCUGUGCACCUCCUGCCAGCAGCCCAUCCGCAACAACACCUUCCACCUGGAGGACGGACAGCCGUACUGUGAGACCGAUUACUACUCUCUGUUCGGCACCAGCUGUCACGGCUGUGAGUUCCCGAUCGAAGCGGGUGAUAAGUUCCUGGAGGCUCUGGGCUUCACCUGGCACGACACCUGCUUCGUCUGUACGGUGUGCAGCACGAGUCUGGAGGGUCAGACCUUCUUCUCCAAGAAAGACAAGCCCUUGUGCAAGAAACACGCUCACACCGUCCAGUUCUGAUCUCACACUGAAAGCUUCGCUGCUCAUCUUUGUAUUUUAGCUGAUGAAUGUUUGCGAGAAGAGAAGUGUUUGCUGGCCUUUCCGUCAUCACGAGGUUUUGGAGUAUAUCGUGCGUUUUAUUGAGAUCUUUAGCACGACUGAAAAUGAUCUUGACGUGCAAAAGGUAUCUGAUUUCUUUCUAGUCCCUGUUCUGAUUUCCUCGUGUAUUUAAAGAGCCGUGACUCGUCUCUCUCCUGCGUCCCGCUGCGCUUCAUCCAGCUCUCUUUAUGCAGGUAUACUUUAUAUUUAUUGAGGCGGGACGGAUGAUUUCGGGGGCCUUUGGGCACAUUUUGCUUUCAGAGCGGUGAUAUUUAAUGUUUUAUCAGUUCUUUCUGUGUGGUAUCUGUGUCAGGUUUGUGGGAUCUGUCUCUGAGCCUUUGUUUAAAGUCGUUCGCUCUUCUAAGCGUUAGCAGCCGUUUUAAAGCUAAGGAGGGUCAUGCUUCAUGUGCAUUUUUAUUCUCUUUGUUUUAGUCGCCUGUAAUUCACUUCUUUCUUCUGAGAUGGGAUGGAAAAUAAAACACUGUUCUUCUCAAA